GCUUAUUGAAGAAAAAUGAUAUACUGCAAAACUUUUAUUUGGAUAAUAUGCUGUAUGUCAGUUACUAAUGCAUUACUGAAUGAUACUAUCACUGACAAUGCCACUAUGAUAUGUCCACCAAUUCUUGAUAAAGCUGUUCAAGGUGGGUUUGUUAAUCGUAUAGUAGCAUGUUCCUUUAAUAAACAAAACUGCAGCUAUCAAAUAUCAGGUUUUAACAAAAGUAUAGAUAAUCCAAGUGCAAGACUUCCAAACAGUUCUUUUAAUCCAAGCAAUGGUCCUGGAUAUAUUUAUGGAAAUAUUGGUUCAUUUCGUAUCGAUGUUCCAGCAAGCUUAUAUGAUGAUAUAAAAAAUUUUGAUCUUUAUAUAACAAUUGGGUAUUUUUUUGCAAAAGGAGCAUAUUUUUUUGGAGUGGCAAAUACCAACAGAAUUUUUUACAAUUAUUCAAGUUUACUUACAAAUAGCUCAUAUACAGUUAAUUGGGUUGUUUUAAAUGCAAGAUAUCCGCUUACUUCACCUGGUUUUAAUUUUAAUCUUUAUGGAAAUGGUGAUUUCAUAAGAUUUGAUGAUGUCUGCAUUUAUCAAGUCUGUAAAAUUGGUUUUGCAUUUAAUGACACAUCCAAUCUAUGCCAAGACUUUGAUGAAUGUGCUUUAUCAAGUACAAACAAUUGCACAGCAAAUGCUAGCUGUAAUAACUUUAUUGGUGGAUACAAUUGCACAUGUAAAAGUGGUUUCAAUGCAAGUAAUGGUGAUAUUGAAUUGCUAUCUAAUCUUUGUUUAGAUAUUAAUGAAUGUGCUGUUUCCAGCAAAAACAACUGUUCAAUUAAUGCAACAUGCAAUAAUUUGUUUGGUGGAUACAAAUGCAUAUGUAAAAAUGGUUUUAACACAAGUAAUGGUGAAAUAGAAUCCCUCUCUAAUCAAUGUUUUGACAUUAACGAAUGUGAAUUGUCGAGCGAAAACAACUGCUCUGCUAAUGCCAUAUGUAAUAAUUUGGUUGGUGGAUACAACUGCACAUGUAAAAGUGGGUUCAAUACAAGUAACGGAGGAAUAGAAUCUCUUUCCGAUCAGUGUCUGGAUAUUAAUGAAUGUGUUUUGUCAAACGAAAACAACUGCUCAGUUAAUGCAAUAUGUAACAAUGUGGUUGGUGGGUACAACUGCACAUGUAAAAGUGGUUUCAAUACGAGUAACGGUGGAAUAGAGUUGCUCACAGACCAAUGCCUUGACAUCAAUGAAUGUGACUUGUCCAACAAUAACAACUGCUCAGUUAAUGCAACCUGUAACAAUUUUGUUGGUGGAUACAACUGCACGUGUAAAAGUGGUUUCAACACAACUAAUGGCGGAGUUGAGUUGCUCUCAAAUCAAUGUCUAGACAUUAACGAAUGUGAAUUGUCGAGCGAAAACAACUGCUCUGCUAAUGCCAUAUGUAAUAAUUUGGUUGGUGGAUACAACUGCACAUGUAAAAGUGGGUUCAAUACAAGUAACGGAGGAAUAGAAUCUCUUUCCGAUCAGUGUCUGGAUAUUAAUGAAUGUGUUUUGUCAAACGAAAACAACUGCUCAGUUAAUGCAAUAUGUAACAAUGUGGUUGGUGGGUACAACUGCACAUGUAAAAGUGGUUUCAAUACGAGUAACGGUGGAAUAGAGUUGCUCACAGACCAAUGCCUUGACAUCAAUGAAUGUGACUUGUCCAACAAUAACAACUGCUCAGUUAAUGCAACCUGUAACAAUUUUGUUGGUGGAUACAACUGCACGUGUAAAAGUGGUUUCAACACAACUAAUGGCGGAGUUGAGUUGCUCUCAAAUCAAUGUCUAGACAUUAACGAAUGUGAAUUGUCGAGCGAAAACAACUGCUCUGCUAAUGCCAUAUGUAAUAAUUUGGUUGGUGGAUACAACUGCACAUGUAAAAGUGGGUUCAAUACAAGUAACGGAGGAAUAGAAUCUCUUUCCGAUCAGUGUCUGGAUAUUAAUGAAUGUGUUUUGUCAAACGAAAACAACUGCUCAGUUAAUGCAAUAUGUAACAAUGUGGUUGGUGGGUACAACUGCACAUGUAAAAGUGGUUUCAAUACGAGUAACGGUGGAAUAGAGUUGCUCACAGACCAAUGCCUUGACAUCAAUGAAUGUGACUUGUCCAACAAUAACAACUGCUCAGUUAAUGCAACCUGUAACAAUUUUGUUGGUGGAUACAACUGCACGUGUAAAAGUGGUUUCAACACAACUAAUGGCGGAGUUGAGUUGCUCUCAAAUCAAUGUCUAGACAUUAACGAAUGUGAAUUGUCGAGCGAAAACAACUGCUCUGCUAAUGCCAUAUGUAAUAAUUUGGUUGGUGGAUACAACUGCACAUGUAAAAGUGGGUUCAAUACAAGUAACGGAGGAAUAGAAUCUCUUUCCGAUCAGUGUCUGGAUAUUAAUGAAUGUGUUUUGUCAAACGAAAACAACUGCUCAGUUAAUGCAAUAUGUAACAAUGUGGUUGGUGGGUACAACUGCACAUGUAAAAGUGGUUUCAAUACGAGUAACGGUGGAAUAGAGUUGCUCACAGACCAAUGCCUUGACAUCAAUGAAUGUGACUUGUCCAACAAUAACAACUGCUCAGUUAAUGCAACCUGUAACAAUUUUGUUGGUGGAUACAACUGCACGUGUAAAAGUGGUUUCAACACAACUAAUGGCGGAGUUGAGUUGCUCUCAAAUCAAUGUCUAGACAUUAACGAAUGUGAAUUGUCGAGCGAAAACAACUGCUCUGCUAAUGCCAUAUGUAAUAAUUUGGUUGGUGGAUACAACUGCACAUGUAAAAGUGGGUUCAAUACAAGUAACGGAGGAAUAGAAUCUCUUUCCGAUCAGUGUCUGGAUAUUAAUGAAUGUGUUUUGUCAAACGAAAACAACUGCUCAGUUAAUGCAAUAUGUAACAAUGUGGUUGGUGGGUACAACUGCACAUGUAAAAGUGGUUUCAAUACGAGUAACGGUGGAAUAGAGUUGCUCACAGACCAAUGCCUUGACAUCAAUGAAUGUGACUUGUCCAACAAUAACAACUGCUCAGUUAAUGCAACCUGUAACAAUUUUGUUGGUGGAUACAACUGCACGUGUAAAAGUGGUUUCAACACAACUAAUGGCGGAGUUGAGUUGCUCUCAAAUCAAUGUCUAGAUUUUAAUGAAUGUUCUCAAAGUGUAUGUGGAGAUUUGAACUGUGUGAACAAAAUUGGUUCUUAUGAAUGUCAGUGCUUGUUUGGAACAAUAUUCAAUUCAUCAUCAAUGAUGUGUGAAGUUGUAAAUGAAUGCCAAGGAAUAAUAAACAAGUAUAUAUGCAAUCCAACUGAUGGCUUGUGUGUUAAUGUUCACUUUCCUUUACAACCUAAAUGUGUUUGUCCUAAAGGCUAUGCAAUAUCAAUAGAAACACAUAGAUGUGAAGAUGUCAAUGAGUGCUUAACGUGGUGUUUAGGUCCAAAUGCAAAAUGUGAAAACUAUGCUGGUGGUUAUAAGUGCACGUGUGCCACUGGUUAUUCAUUUAAUUAUGGAAUACAUCAGUGUACUAGAAUCAAAAAUGAAACUUCAGACGAAUUUUACAAAGUUAUGGCGUUAUUGAAAAAAAGAGGCUGUCGUUCUCUUCGACAGAAAUGUGGUUAAAAGUAAAAUUGUCACUUUCUUCAUCAGAAAUGUGGUUAUUAAAAAAGUUUUGAAAAAGCAUCAUAAAGAAUAUUUUCCGAAGUUCGAAAUAAGGCUUGAAAAUAAGAUCUCAAUAAGAUCCAAUCUGAACAUAAGGUCCAACUCAGAUAUUUAUAACCCUAAAAAGUUAGUUAAAAGGUAUGACUUGUUGUUGAAGUUGGGACAUCUGCUUUUUUCAGGAUCGGCUUUAAAAAAAUCCGCUAAAUUAUGUAAAUAAU